GUUCCAGUUAAGAGAGUAUCUAAGACAAGUUCUCCCGUUGACUACUAUCCUGACACGAGAGAAAUGGAACUGAAGUGUACCUUCAAGGGAUGGCCUCGUCCUCGUGUAGUUUGGUACAAUCCAGAUAACAAACAAAUCAUCAACGGAUCUGAAGGUUUUUACAUCUCAGAGCAGCUGGAUGGAAAGGAUACCUUAAUUUCCCUUCUCCGUAAUGCUGAUAUCCAAGAAAAACACCGAGGGGCUUAUAAAUGCACUGGAAUGAACAACAUUACCGGCUGGUCGAGUAAAAAAGCAGGGGAUAUUGACCUGAAUUAUCGCUGUGAGUCAUUUAAUUUAUUAUUUCUAAUACAACACACGGAUGCGCAAAACUACCAUAUUUGAAGCAUGUUCAUAAAAAACAUAAUACCAUGUUUCCCUUGUAAGCAAUGGAAAGUAUCCCAUUAAGACUAAGAGGGACAGCUCAUUCUCUCUUGAUUUAGACGGAAUUUAAUAUUGGGUGUUUCAUGUUUCAAAUAACAGAUUAACUUAUUCCUAAAUGAAUUUUAAAAAAUGUAACUGAAAAUUUCGUGCCAGGAACUUUCAUUUGUUUACCCCCCGGGUCACAAGGGAUAAGUAAAUAAGUAAAUAAAUAAAUAAUGAUUUAGUGGCGCUAGCUCAUCCACAUAGUUGUUCUUUGUCUACCAUUCUGGCUCAAAUUUACCCUGCGCAGCUGGCGGGUUUAACGUGGGAGUGAUGUGUUGUUUUGAUGGCAAUGGCCGAAUAAGGGUGAGAAGCAACAAAACUCAACCCGGCCGGCCACAUAUGAUGUUGCCUGAGGAAUCAAGCACAGGACAGUCAUUAAUGAGAGGGGAGUGUUCUCACCUGAAAUUCAGUAGAACCUCUACAUAACGAAGUCUUCGGUAUAAUUAACAAUUAUUCCACUUAUUCCGCGAGUGUGCUUUACAUAAGUAGGUAACCAACGAGGCGCGUAGCACCGAGUUGGCUCUAAUCAUCUCAUAUCCAACAAGCGCGAGUGGAAUAAUUACUCUAUUAAAAACGCCAACAAAAUAUCGAGAAUUCUUCCCAACUUUAUUUGUAAACCAACCGAUUUUCAUCUUGUUUUUGAUUUUGAGCAGACGCGUACAGUUACCAUGUUUGAAGAGCAUGGUAUAACGGCUCAUAUACCAUGAUGGCUAAGCCAAUCAGAGCUCUAGAAUUGCAUUCUCUAAUAAUUCAAUUUUCAAUAAUAAGCGAUACUCUCCGCCCAGAAAUAAUACAGUCAAACCCCGUAAAUCCCAAAACUGAAGGGACCGUACUAAGAGAGUGUCUGUAUUCACGGGGUGACCUUAUUAAGCGGGUAGAAAAUGAAAGGGCUUUCUUUCCAAAGCAAACUGUCCGUAACACCCGGGGGGGGGGGGGGCCCCUGCAACUGAAAAGGGAGGGGAUGCCCGGGGGAAAUUUUGAAUAAAACCCCAAAAGGGGCCCAAUCGGGGGGUCGCCCAAGCUGCCAGGCGAACAACCCCCCGUUAGACGGCCUCUAAAGAUGGCGGGAGGAACCAAAUCGCAAAAAAAGAAACCACCGGAAAAAAAAAAAAGGGGGGGGGGGGGGGGGGACUCUGCAUAUGAAAAGAGAGGGGAUGCUCGUCGGAAAUUUUGAAUUAAACCCCUAAAGGAGACCGAUCUGGGCGUAGCCCAAGCUGUCAAGCGAUCAACCGAUCGUUAGAGCGUCUCUAAAGAUGGCGUGACGAGACAAGUCGCAAAAGAAGGAACCACUGGAAUAAACAAAAUCAACACGUAAAAACUCCAAAGCGUUGUGAUUCCCCAUAGAUUGUCACAAAUACUCAGGAGGGGAGGGUAAGAGUAAGAAUGUUACCCCUUACGGUUGCACGAAAAAAUGGUAACCAUUUUAAAAUAAUAUUUGGUCAUCAUAUCUUCUUAUCAUCUGAUACAGGUUUCUUGCCUAAAGCUCCGCAGAGAUCUUCUCCCACGGUUUCGGUGGAAGCCUACUUCAAUAUCAGUUUAGAGUGCGAAGUAGGUGUUAGGCCAAGCGACUGUUGGGACAAUUCUUUAGGGUGGUAUUUUAACAACAACUCAGGGAAAAUAGUGAAAAGUGAAAAGUAUGAUAUACAGGAAAGGAGAACCAACACCAGAUGCAAAAAAGAUUUCAUUCUCACCAUUUUUAACGUUACUGAAGCAGACGAGGGAAAGUAUAAAUGUCACUGGCUCUGCGACGAGUACGACCCCAGCUUUUCCAGGUCUUCAAUUAUCAAGUUGAAAGUAUUUCCUCCUUCAGAAGAAGGUACUGAUACUCCUGUGAUAUCUAAAGGUCUUGUG